GGGCCGCGGGCUGAGGGCUAGACCAAUCUAGCCUGUGCGGUGAGGACCAAGUCGGUGGCAGUUGUGUGGAGACUGUGUGCGCGUUAGAAGUACCCAUGGAGGGCAGUGAAAACUCAGUGGAUGCAAAAUCCAUUAAAAAUUCAGAACCCAGAAAGAUCUUCCAUGGAAGCAAAUCAAUGGACUCCGGAAUAUACUUGGACAACAGUUACAAAAUGGAUUAUCCUGAAAUGGGUUUAUGUAUAAUAAUUAAUAAUAAGAACUUUCAUGAAAGUACUGGAAUGCCAUCUCGCUCUGGUACAGAUGUGGAUGCGGCGAACCUCCGGGAAACCUUCACAAACUUGAAAUACGAAGUCAGGAAUAAAAACGAUCUUACACGUGAACAAAUCGUGGCAUUGCUGGACAGUGUGUCCAGAGAAGAUCAUAGCAAGAGGAGCAGUUUUGUUUGCGUGCUUCUAAGCCACGGUGAUGAAGGAAUCAUUUAUGGAACAAAUGGACCUCUUGACCUGAAAAAAUUAACAAGUUUCUUCAGAGGGGACUAUUGUAGAAGUCUAACCGGCAAACCCAAACUUUUCAUUAUUCAGGCCUGUCGAGGCACAGAACUGGACUGUGGCAUUGAGACUGACAGUGGUACCGAGGAUGACAUUGCCUGUCAGAAAAUCCCAGUGGAAGCCGACUUCUUAUAUGCGUAUUCUACAGCCCCUGGUUACUACUCCUGGCGAAAUUCCAAGGAUGGAUCCUGGUUCAUCCAGUCACUUUGUUCGAUGCUCAGACUAUAUGCUCACAAGCUUGAGUUCAUGCACAUUCUUACUCGGGUUAACCGAAAGGUAGCUCUAGAAUUUGAGUCCUUUUCUCUUGACUCUGUUUUUCAUGGAAAGAAACAGAUUCCGUGUAUUGUAUCUAUGCUCACAAAAGAACUGUAUUUUUAUCACUAAAGAUGGAUGAUUUUUUUUCAUUUUUUUUUAGUUUGUAUGCCAAGUGACGAAAACUUGGUUUUCCUCUCUCAGUUAGAUGUAAUCUAAUACUUCAGGUGGUAUUGUGGAACAUGCCACUUUCAUAGCAACAGAAUUAUGAGGCUACCUCAAACUCAGAAUCAGGUAGUUGAAAUCACAUUUAAUUAGGGAUGAAUAAAAGUGGAUACUGGCACAAUCAUUAUGAGGGGAAAUGUUUGUAAAUAAACUGCUCUCGUAAUUAGCAAGUUGUAGUGAUGCUAUGUGAUGAAUUUUUAAGUAAAUAUGAAAACGUUAAACACAGUAGUUAGGAAGUUCAGUGAUACUGGUGUGCUGUCAUGUGAGAGUAUGAACUCUGGCUUCUGUCACCCCACAGACUUGCUGAUGUGGAAUGAGAAACCCUAGAGUGUGGGGGGACCUGUGGGCUUGGUCAAAGUCUUCAAGACCUACCUUGAUUUUAGAAUCCGUAUUUGGAGACAAGUCAACUGUAUUUUUAGAUCGUUUGAGUGCAUGGUUUUGUGAUGUUGGU